UAAGAUCCCUCCUGAUGUGUUCUCCAACCUCAUAAAACAUUUUAGAAAAAGGCUCAGUGUCGUUAUCCUCACAAGAGGAGGAUGCUGGAUUGAAAACAGGGGAUCCAAUCAUUUUGAUCACUAUCUUUUAGAGUUUAAAAAAAAUCUCUUUCUCUGAGCAAUUGUAUUAGUAUAAAAUAUGUUACAUUUUUUGGCACAUACAAUAUAGCUCAGUAUUUUUAUUAUUUAUUUAUACAGCAUUUUCUUUGCUCAUCUUUAUCAAGGGAUCCAAUAAUUCUGGACGCCACUGUAUGAUGCUUAUUUUCUCUGUAUGUGAGCUGCCUGCACAAUUCACAUUUCCUUCCACUUCUACCUUGAGACUGUUGUAGCCUGAUCCACACCAUAGCGAAACAGAACCCACGCUUUGGCCUGCUGUUUGACAUUGAUGGCGUGCUUGUCCGGGGAAAGAUGCCCAUCCCUGCUGCAAAAAAGGCCUUCCAAAAACUGGUCAACUCUCAGGGACAAUUUGUGGUGCCAGUUGUUUUUGUUACCAAUGCAGGGAAUUGCAUGCGGCAGACGAAAGCGGACCAGCUCUCUCACAUCCUGGGAGUGCCUAUCACUAUGGACCAGGUGAUGAUGUCACACAGUCCACUGAGGAUGUUCAAGAAGUACCAUGACAAGUGCGUUCUGGUGUCAGGACAAGGACCCGUUCUAGAUAUUGCCAAAAACUUGGGCUUCCAGAAUGUGGUCAGUAUCGACAUGUUGAGAGAGUCAUUUCCUCUUCUGGACAUGGUGGACCACAACAGACGACCCAAAGUGCCAUCCAGUCAAAUUGCCAACCUUCCCACAGUAGAAGCUGUUAUUCUGUUUGGGGAGCCCAUCCGAUGGGAGACCAACCUCCAGCUGAUAAUUGAUAUCCUGUUGACCAAUGGGAACCUAAGCGGAGCCCACCAGAGCCAGAAGCUGCCCCAUCUCCCCCUGCUGGCCUGCAACAUGGACCUCAUGUGGAUGGCCGAGGCCCAGUCUCCACGGUUUGGUCAUGGGACGUUCCUGGUGUGCCUGGAGAACAUCUAUAAGAAAAUAACAGGUAAAGAGGUGAAGUACAAGGCUCUGAUGGGGAAGCCCAGUGAACUGACCUACCACUUUGCUGAGUACCUUAUCAGAGGCCAGGCUGUGGAGAGAAACUGGACACAGCCCAUCACCUCCCUCUAUGCUAUUGGGGAUAACCUGAUGACUGAUAUCUAUGGGGCCAACCUCUAUAACCGCUACCUGGAGGAGAGGACAAGGAGGAAGAACUCCAAAGCUGUCGCCAAGAUGGCCACCGGCACGGGCGCCAACGCAGCCCUGCCCCAGGUCAACGACCACGUAGAGAACGCCUGGGAGAGCGAGCUGGCACCCCCCUCUGCCACCUCCUGCAAGUCCAUCCUGGUAUGCACUGGGGUGUACAACCCCCACACAGAGGUGCCCACCGACACCAACCAGUCCAUCAAGGAGACUGUGUUCCACGGGCACCGUGACUUCCGCUUUGACCCGGCGCUGGUGGAGCCCGGGCACAUCGUGCAGGACGUGGCUGAUGCUGUGGAGCUCAUCUUUGAGCAGGAGAAGUUUGUGCCUCAGUAAAGUUCUCAGAUUGGUGUCGUCAUGGAGACCUUAGUAUAAAUCUCGGUUGGUCUAUGCCAGCCAUAGAAUUAGAAUUGAUUCUAUUCUAAUUCUAUGGUUCUGCCUUUAAAAGGAGGAGGUGCUCAAAUGAUACAGAGCAGAUCCAACCAACUGACCAAUAUCCAUCUGUCCAGUGUUGUGCAGAUUUGUUUUGCAUGGUACGAUGGAAAUGGAGAUUCCCUUGGUUUUUAGCUGGGAAAUACCACACACUGAGUUACUUUGGACAGUGUUUAAAACUUGUCAGGGCAUUGAAGGUUCUUAAUAGAGGUCAUAUUCAAACACAUAACGGUGUAAAGUACUGUAGUGAGAUUGAACUCUUAUUCCUUCUGUUGUAUUGUUUUAUAGUGGGUUUAAAACUACUCAAGUUCAGCACAAUUACCCGCUUUUAAGUAAUGGCAAUUUAUUUUAAUAAAAGCCUUAUUUAAUAGUAUUAUACUGGACGUAUUUUCUUAGUUGUGAUUAUGUAUAAAGAUUAUGACAGUAUUUUAAAUGGUUCAUCUGAUUUAAGUCGUCUUAUAUAUCUUUACGACUACAAUAAGUGAUCAAUAUUUUUAUGAAGUCUAUGUAUAGAUUCCCUCACAAACUGACCAUAUUAUGGUCUACCAUACAUUUUGUCUGUUACAUCUAUGCAUGCAUGUCAUGAGAUAGAUUUCAUGCUGUACUGCAAGAUCAACUAUUGUUAUUUAGGUUGCAAUACCGUCCUUCAACUGUGCUGUCUACAUUAUUUCUAGCAAUGUAAACCAUAUAACUUGUAUUUGCACAGAACAAAACGAUUCAUUUUCAUUUAAUGUUACCAUAUCUUGCUGGGCUAGUAAACUUGCCCUUAGUUGUAAAUGUACACGUUGUUGUAUGCAUUAGUACUUUGACUGCAGAUGCAAAGACUGUAUCUAGCCAUUUAUAUUUAUAUAAAAUAUAUAAAUAUAAGAGAAGCUCUUUUUUCAUUGGUGGAUUAACCAUGCAUUUCAGUGGGUGCAUUACAUGUUUUAAGAGAUGUUGUCAAUGUCAAUAUUACUUGUAUGAAUGAAAAUAGCGUAGCUUAAAAAAGAAAAACAUGCUGGCUACCUAUAUUUCAGUGCUGAAGAUAGGCUAUACAGCAUGAGUUUGUUUACAUGAAAACAAAUGACUCCAUAGGAAAUAAAACCUGCUUAUCUUCUUGCCAUA